CAAUUUCUCCAAGGCUUACUUGCUUUGUUUAUUUGCAUGGUAACGCGCGCAGUUCACGUAGAGGUGGUCUCCGAGCUUUCAACAAAGGCCUUCAUUGCCGCACUCAUCAGGUUCUCUGCUCGUCGUGGCAUCCCUUUUGCCAUUCAUUCAGACAAUGCUACAACGUUUGUUGGCGCUCACAAUGAACUCAAUGAGUUACAUGCAUUUCUUUCAGAUUCUGCUAUUCAGUCUGAAAUUCACAACUUUGCCGCCGUUUUCAACAUUGGUUGGCAUUUCAUCCCUCCCAGGGCUCCUCAUUUUGGAGGUCUAUGGGAAAACGCUGUAAAAAAUUUUAAACGAAUUUUCAGAGUGGUCACUUUGAAUACAACAAGGUACGGGUGGUCACCGUUCGCACCGCAUCAGGCACUUUCAAGCGGGCUAUUUCUAGCAUUGCACCGCUUCCACUCGACGAGGAAUUUUCUGAUUAAUUCAGCAUUGCUCAUCCGACAUAAUCUCAUUUUUUUUGUUCUCUCUUAUGUCUCUCUUUUGAGACCUGCAGGCCUCAAGGGGCCAGGUUUAUGUCAGAUUUCGCACUAUGCAUUGUGUUCUUGUCCCAACUUGUCGCGUUAG